UUGUAAACAAGCAGCCUUUCGUUAAACCUCCUUCCUGCCCAAACCUAAAACCCUGACCCUGACUCGCAGGGCUUCGCCGGAACACAGUGGGCGGCGGUGGAGCUCAGGCGCUUCGAUUACCAGUUAACGGCGGAAGAAUUCAAUCAUGGCGACUUCUUCCGACGCUAGGGCAGUAAAGUCUCUCAACAAAUCCACCGGCCGCCGCCGCUUCGUCUUCAAGACGUUUUCACAAAGAAUUGAGGAAAUCGACAUAGAUGUGUACCGAAGUCUGGACCCAUUGAAAGCUGAGCCAUCGCGAGGCUCGUCCUUUUUCCGCGACUGUCUCACAGAAUACAGAGAGCUGAACACUGCUGAGGAUUUUAUAUCAUUUUAUGAGGAGAUUUUUCCUCUGGUACAGACACUUCCACAAAUUAUCUUGCAGAAGGAUUUGAUUAUAUCAAGCCUUCUGUCUGGAUUGAAUAUGGAGGGAAGGCUAUCACUUGAGCCUAUACUGAGGCUGAUUUCUGCUUUAUCCAGAGAUCUCCUGGGGGAUUUUACACCAUUUCUUUCAAGAAUUAUUGAUUCUUUGAUAUCGCUUCUUCAAAGUGGUGCUGAUAAGGAUCCGGAGAUAAUUGAGCAGAUAUUCACAUCAUGGUCAUAUGUAAUGAUGCACCUACAGAAGUAUCUUAUAGAAGAUGUUGGCCAUAUUCUAAGAAUCACGGCAAACUUAAGAUACUAUCCUAAAGAUUAUGUUCGAGAAUUUAUGGCUGAGUCAGUGUCAUUUUUGCUAAGGAAUGCGCCAAUUCAGCAACUAAAGAAAGGUAUUAAAAUGCUUAUGACUGAAGUAGUUGAGGAACCAUCGGAAAUGAGGAAAUCUGGUGUUGGUGUGCUACUAUCUCAUGUUAUGAGAAUCACCUCAUCAAGAUUGCACUCAAGGACCGAGACAUUGUUGCCACUUCUGGUUGAUGAAUCUUCCUUCCGUGUUGAUGGUCAAAGGGUCAAAGUUCUUGAAGUUCUUAUUCUGACCUUUGAGAGACUGCAUGUGGAGCUAGAUCCAGUCGAACUUUCUUUCAUAUGGGAAUGCUUGUUGGAAAAGAUAACAGAAUCUAUGACGAACGAGAACUCUAUACACCUGACUCGCCUUUUGGCCCUGCUUAUUUCUACUUUGCAAAAUGAUUAUCUUGGGAAAAUCACAGAUUCUGAACCCUUGGUCAGACUUGUCGACCAGCUUGUGGAAACUUUUGUUGUUCGCUCUCUUACCAUGAAGAAUGUGGACCUACACUCCAAAGCUAUUGAAAAAGUUCUGCAACUAAUGCUUUGUGUAAUUGGUGGUCUCUCCAAUUCUAAGGAUAUGCCUGCUUUGCUGCGGGUUUCUUUACAGUGGGAGCCAGUGUUCGAUAUAAGAAGUCGAAGUCUACUGACUUUCAUUGGAGAUCUUCUCACGAAGGACCCCAGUAUUUACCAUGUCUUUGGAACAAAUAUAAUGCGUGCAUUCAAUAAUUUAAUAGAAAUAUAUGAUGAAGAAGUCAUGUAUUUAAUGAUGAAGUUCUGUGAGAAGCUGGAAGUGAAUAGCUCUAGCUUUUGGGAUGGAAAAUCCAAGGAGAAGUUCUCAAGGACUUUUGUGUUUUUUGAAGAGACUCUUAAUUACUGGAUUGGAGAAACCAGUAAUUUUGUAGAAGGGAAUUUAUUUCCUGCUCAACAAAAUAAGUUGGCUGUCUUAUGGGCUGUUAUUGGGUGCUAUUCUCACUUAGCAGAUGUCCAAGAAAAUCCAUCCAUACUAAUGGAGUUGAUAAAUGCAAUUGACAAGCUUCUAAUGGUGGAAUCUAAGGCAGGCUUACAGAAAGAUACUUGGUAUAGCUUGCUUGGGGCUGCAUUACGUUCUUAUAACAAGUUGGUUUCUAGGAGGGGUAUUGCUCAUGAAGAGUCUGCAAUGACAAUGUUCUUGGAUCUUGCAAAAAGAUAUAAGUUGUCACCUCACAUAUUAUCUGCUGUAGCAGAUAUAUUGGAUUCAGUCUCUGGUGCAUCUCAUGGGAAAUGUCAAUUUUAUCUUUCGGAGUAUAUAGAUGGAAAGUCAUUGGCUGCUCUAGACGUGUUCUCCGAAAAUCUGAGCCAUGCGAAUAGAGAGAUCCGUCUUUCUACCCUGUGCAUACUGUGCCAUUAUGAACCUGUACAUGAUCAAGAUUCUGCUAAGAAACAUCCUGUUGAAAAAAAUUCGGGAAAUGAUGAUUCUGAGACUAGUCUAGUGGAUGGCUCCUAUAAUAAUGUUCUCAACCUACUCAGAUCUGUUGAAGAGACUGCUCUUUCAAUUGCAACAAGCCGUAAAGUUAUUCUACUAAUUUCUAGAUUACAGACGAGUCUGAGUGCUCACAGAGUUGCUGAUCAGUAUAUCCUUGCCGCUUUAAAUGGAAUUUUUGGCAUACUUCAUAACCGAUUUAGCUAUUUUUGGAAUCCAGCUUUAGAGUGCCUCACUGUCCUCGUCGGCCAAUAUUUCGUGAUUGUGUGGAACAGAUAUAUUAAUUAUCUUGAACAUUGUCAGUCUGAUUUUCUAGCAUCUCAUCAUCAACAUGAUCGGGACGAUAAUGACUCUAUGGAGGACACUGGUUUGGUUGGAUGCUUCAACUCUGAUAUCAUUUGUGUAUUUGACAGUACUCCUGCUGCAACAAUCUUGUCCCUCUUGAUUCAGUCUUUACAGAAAGUUCCUUCAAUAGCCGAAUCUCACUCUCGGCAAAUAGUACCUCUGUUUCUUAAAUUUCUGGGUUACAGUGGUGAAGAAGUCACAAGUAUUGAAUCAUAUAAACUGGAUCAUAAAGGGAAAGAAUGGAAGGGAGUUCUUAAAGAGUGGUUAAGUUUGUUCAGAUUGUUGCGGAAUCCUAGGUCUUUUUAUCAAGGUCAAUUUUUGAGAGAUGUUCUUCUGUAUAGGCUUCUUAACCAAAAUGAUGCUGAUAUACAGACAAAAGUACUUGACUGCUUGUUGAACUGGAAGGACGACUUUUUAGUUCCAUACAGUGAGAAUCUGAAAAAUCUUAUCAAUGCAAAAAAUCUGCGGGAUGAGCUUGCUAGGUGGAGCUUAUCCAGGAUCUCGGUGGAUUCUGUUGAUGAGCGACAUAGAGCUUAUCUUGUGCCUAUAGUCGUACGGAUACUUAUCCCAAAAGUUAGAAAUUUGAAGAUGCUUGGUACCCAGAAGAAUGCAAGCGUACAUCAUCGAAGGGCAGUUCUGGGUUUUUUAGCUGAGCUUGAUCUUGACGAGCUUCCUCUUUUCUUCUCGCUAUUAGUUAAGCCUCUGCUUCCCGACUCUCAAAGUGAUGACAAAAUGAGCAAAAUUUCUUGGGCAUCAUUAAAAAGUCAUAAUUUCGAGGUUGUUGCAUCUGAUAUCCUGAAUCAUUCAACCUCAAAUACCAUAGUAACCCUAUCUUGGAAGAAGAAAUAUGGUUUCCUUCACGUUGUUCAAGAUAUUUUGGCAGUUUUUGAUGAAUCUCGCCUUAAGCCCUUUCUUAAUCUACUGAUGAACUGUGUUGUCCUCAUCUCAUCGAGCUGCACAUCAGCUCUUGGCAGUAAAAAAAGUGAUUCAUCUCCUCUAGAGAACUGUUCAAUCUUAGAUUUGGAUGUUCGUGGCAAUGAUGACAAUGACGAAGCGGAGAAUAAGGACAAGGAGAGAAAGCAAAUCAGGGAGUUGAGGUCCUUAAGCCUUAAGGUUAUAUAUCUUGUUCUUAGUAAAUAUGAUGAUCAUGAUUUUGGAGGUGCAUUUUGGGACGUGUUCUUUACAUCAGUAAAACCUUUGGUUGCUAAAUUUAAGAUGGAAGGUCUUGGUAGCCAAAAGCCAAGCUCACUGUUUUAUUGUUUUCUUGCAAUGAGUAAAAGCUACAAACUUGUUCCACUAUUAUCUAAGGAGGAGAAUCUCGUGCCCGACAUUUUCUCCAUGCUUAGUGUUCCACCAGCUUCAAAAUCCAUUUUGUCUUGUAUCUUGAAGUUCGCUAAGAACUUAUUGAAGCUUGAUAAUGCACUGGAUAGCGAAGAUGUCACAGUCAAAAGAGUUGUACUUCCUCAUCUUGAUGAGCUCAUCCGCGGCUUGCAUUGUAUAUUCACCAAAGAAAAUGCAACUAAGAGGCCUUUGCUCAAAUUCCCGGAAAAAAGAGAGAUCACCAUCUUCAACUUGUUAUCAAUGUACGUGAAGGAACCAUCAGAUGCUGAAUCAUUUGUUGAUAUGUUGCUCCCAUUUCUUGCAAAGAAACGCCUCAAUUUUGAUACUUGUGUCCAUGUAUUGCAAAUAAUCGGCCGAGUGGUAACGGUCCUGGGUAGUGGAAGCAGUAAAAAGAUUUUGAGUUCACUUUCCCCACUUCUUAUUUCAGCUGAUUUGGGUAUGCGUAACUCUAUAUGCGACGUCCUUGAUGCUGUUGCUUCAAAUGAUUCUUCUUUGUUAACAUUGGCGAAAAUUCUUCGUGAACUGAAUGCAACCUCUGCAAUGGAGAUGGGUGGUCUUGACUAUGACACUGUACUCUCUACUUAUGAGAAACUUAAUGUGAAAUUUUUUUAUACUAUUGAGGAAAAGCAUGCACUGCCAAUCCUGGCUCAUGCAGUGCAUGAUAUGUCAUCUGAAGAAAUGAUAUUACGGCAAAGUGCAUUCAGAUUACUGCUCUCGUUCGUUGAAUUUUCUGGUGAGAUCCUAAAUGGAUCUCUAGAAUCUGACCAAAUAUGGUCUAGAGCCAGUAUCCAUCCUAUAGUAAACAGUUUUUUGUUGAAACAUAUUGGAAAUGCAAUGAACAAGGAAGGUGCUGGUAAAAAGGUAUGGAUUGAUUUGCUUCGGGAAAUGGUGCUGAAGCUUCCUAAGGAAGCAAACCUUGAUACAUAUAGGGCUCUAUGUAGUGAUGAUGCUGAACAAGAUUUCUUCAAUAACAUAGUACACUUACAGAAACACAGGAGAGCGAGAGCACUUUCUCGUUUUAGCAACAUUGUCAGUUCAGGGAAUCUGUCGAAGGUCAUCACCUACGAAGUGUUUGUCCCACUGCUCUUUAGCAUGCUGUUUGAUGCUCAAGAUGGGAAGGAUGAAAAUAUAAGAAGUGCAUGUAUUGAUGCCCUGGCAUCAAUAUCUGGUUGCAUGAAGUGGAAUCAGUACUACGCUUUGCUCGUCAGAUGUUUCCGCAAUUUGGCACUAAAACCAGAUAGGCAAAAGCUUUUGUCGCGACUUAUAUGUGCCAUCCUUGAUCGUUUUCAUUUUCAGGAGUCCUCUUUGAUCCAUGAAGCUAAUGUUUCUGCUUCUGAUGCACCUGAUCCAUAUACCAUUUCUGUGAAAUCUUCAUCAACUCUGAUGGGGAUUACUGAUUGUGGCGAAUUACCUAUCAUACAGGAGAGUUUGCACAAACAUGUUUUCCCCAAGGUUCAGAAGUUGUUGGCCUCUGAUUCUGACAAUAUCAAUGUUAACAUCAGCCUGGUUGCACUAAAACUUCUAAAAUUGCUCCCCAGUGAUAUCAUGGACUCUCAACUUCCAACUGUUGUACACCGUAUUUCAAACUUUCUAAAAAAUCGGCUAGAAAGUGUACGUGAUGAGGCUAGGUCUGCGUUGUCUGCUUGCUUAAAGGAACUAGGAUUGGAGUAUUUGCAGUUUAUUGUCAAAGUCUUGAAGGGCAUACUUAAGAGAGGAUACGAAUUACAUGUUUUAGGAUACACGCUCUAUUUCUUGCUGUCUAAGUUCCUCACGAGUCCCAUCUGCGGAAAGUUGGAUUACUGCUUAGAUGACCUCCUUUCUGUUGUACAGAACGAUAUACUUGGGGGUGUUUCUGAUGAGAAAGAGGUUGAAAAGAUUGCUUCUAAAAUGAAAGAGACAAGAAAGCAGAAAUCUUAUGAAACUCUAAAAUUGAUUGCCCAGAAUGUCACUUUCAAAACUCAUGCUUUGAAACUUCUUUCCCCUGUUACAGUUCAUCUGCAUAAGCAGCUCAACCAAAAGCUGAAGUUGAAAUUGGAGAACAUGUUAAGUCACAUUGCUGCUGGAAUUGAAUGUAAUCCAUCUGUAGAACAGACUGAACUGUUCAUAUUUGUGAAUUGCCUCAUCAAAGAUGGCAUUGGUGAUGAAGGUAAUGAACAUGCAAAUGGUUCUAUUUCCGAGGCAGGUAAUAGAGAUGCUGAGAGUGUCCAAACAAUUGAAACCAACAGAUUAGUGAAUGUAGAUCGACAAUUUUCUCAUUUGAUAACAGCAUUUGCUCUUGGAGUCCUGCAUAACUACUUGAAAAAACUGAAGCUUAGCCCAGAGGAUGGACAGCUUUUAUCAUUGCUUGACCCAUUUGUCAGUUUAUUGGGUCAAUGUUUGAGCUCCAAGUAUGAAAACAUUAUAACAUCUGCAUUUAGGUGCUUUUCUUUGAUAGUGAGGCUGCCUUUGCCAUCACUUCAGUGGCAAGCUGACAAGAUAAAGAAUUCUCUGUUGGUUAUAGCGCAAGGUUCAGUUAAAGUUAACAGUCAGUUGACUGAGUCAUGUAUGAAGCUGUUAACAACACUUCUGCGAAGUGAGAGAGUCACACUUUCAACUGAACAGUUGCACAUGCUGAUCCAGUUUCCAUUGUUUGUUGAUUUUGCAAAAAGCCCCUCAUUCGUCGCCCUUUCACUGUUGAAGGCUAUCAUACACCGAAAGCUGGUAGUUCCUGAGAUAUAUGAUCUUGUCCAGAUUGUUGCAGAGAUGAUGGUACAAAGUCAAGAUGAACCCAUUCGUAAGAAGUGUAGUCAAAUCUUACUUCAGUUUUUACUUGGUUACCAGCUUUCUCAGAAGCGCUUGCAACAACAUCUUGAUUUCUUACUUGCAAAUUUGAGUUACGAGCACUCCAGUGGAAGGGAAGCUGUCCUAGAGAUGCUUCAUGCUAUUAUAUUAAAAUUUCCACGGAAUGUUGUGGAUGCACAAUCCCAAACACUGUUUGUGCAUUUGGUCGUUUCAUUGGCGAACGAUGAUGACAGAAAAGUUCGUUCCAUGUCUGCUGCUGCAAUAAAGUGUCUUAUUGGGCAUGUCAGCUCUGAUUCUCUGCACUCAAUACUUGAGUACAGCCUGUCUUGGUACCUUGGUGGAAAACAGACCGUAUGGGGUGCUGCAGCACAGGUUUUGGGUUUACUAGUGGAAGUUAUUGGAAAGAAAUUCCAGUCACACAUCAUCAAUGUUCUUCCAGCAAUGAGAAACAUUCUUCAGUCUGCUGUCAAUGCUCUUGCAUCUAGUCAACAAGAUUUAUCAGAUGUUUCAGUUAUUCCAUUCUGGAAGGAGGCAUAUUAUUCGCUUGUCAUGUUUGAGAAGAUCCUAAGUCAUUUCCUAACUGUGUUCCGUGAUAGGGAGCUUGAGGUUAUUUGGGAAACCAUCUGUGAAUUCCUGUUGCAUCCUCACUUGUGGUUGCGAAACAUAUCAUGCCGGAUUCUGUCUUCAUACUUCGCCACAGUAGCCAAUGCUUGUAGAGAUAACAACAAACUCUCAGCAGAAACAUUCUACCUCAUGAAACCGAGCAUACUUUUCAAUGUAGCUGUUUCCUUAUGUUGUCAGCUGAAGGUGCCAUCUAGUGAUGAUACAACCGGUAUCGUUAUCAUGCAAAACCUUGUGUUCUCAAUUUCUGGUCUUCAUUCUUUCUUAGAGAAAAACGAAUACAUGGAUGUUUCUAGUUUCUGGUCCAGCCUUGACAGUGCCGAGCAAGAUCGUUUACUUAAAGCUUUUGGUAUUCUUGAUCCAAGAAAAGGAAAGAGAACUCUUCAAUCUUAUAUUUCUGAUGUCAGUGGUCAACAUGAUAAAAAUCAGCAUCCAUUUAUCUCCUAUUUUCUCCAGAGAAUGGGGAAGCUUACCUUUCAGAUGGAGGUCAAUCAGAUGAAAAUUGUCUUCAAGUUCUACAAAUCAAUAUCACCGAAACUCCUCCAUUUCUACGAGGCAUCUUCACCUACAAGCUUUGAUGAUAUCCGUAGUUUCGCGUAUCAACUGCUGUUGCCAUUGUACAGAGUCUGCGAAGGUUUCACUGGGCAAGUUAUUUCAGAUGAUCUGAAACAACUGGCGCAAGAGGUUAGCGAAAGCAUAAGAGACAUCAUCGGAGUGCAGAAUUUUGUUCAAAUUUACAGCCAAAUACGCAAAAAUAUAAAGGCGAAGCGCGACAAAAGGAAACAAGCAGAGAAGGUGAUGGCUGUUGUGAAUCCGAUACGAAAUGCCAAGAGGAAGCGCAAGAUUGCAGACAAGCAUCAAGCUCACAAGAAAAGGAAAAUGAUGACCAUGAAAAUGGGUAGAUGGAUGCAUUAGAAUAACCACUUGCAUAGGCAAAUCUGUAAUUUUAGUCGGUAGAUGUAAGUUAGUGAUUGCUCCCAUUUAUCUCUCUCAGUUUCAUAUAUACUCUUAUAGCGAUAUAAUGGAGCCAUGAUCCUUAAAUAGCAGAGGUGAUUUUCCUGUAAUAUCGUAUCAAACGAAGUUGUGAAAAUUUUGGUCCCAAUUCAAGUGUAGUUCGAUUUAUCUUUGAGCUAA